GUCGUUUCUCCAGGCUCUGCCGAGGCUUCACGCGGGAAACUGGAGUCUUGCAGUCAACUUUUGACAGUAAUCUGAGCGCCACGGGACCCGCAAGCCAGGAUGGGAGACACGCUUGAGUUUAACGAGAUCUACCAAGAGGUCAAGGGGUGCUGGAAUGACGGCCGGCUGCGCUUCAGCAAGCAGUCGGUGGUGUAUAAGAGCAGCAAGACGGGGAAGGUGGACAGCAUCCCCGUGCCGGACCUGACCCAUGCCCAGUGGAGACGGGUCUGUCUGGGCCACGGCAUCAAGCUGGCCACCAGCACGGGCCACGUCUACAAGUACGACGGCUUCCGGGACACGGACAUUGAGAAGAUAUCGGAGUACUUCAAGGCCAACUACAAGGUGGAGCUGACGGAGAAGGACAUGUGUGUGAAGGGCUGGAACUGGGGCACCGCCAAAUUUAGCGGCCCGCUGCUGUCCUUCGAUGUGAACGACAGCCCGGCUUUCGAGAUCCCGCUCUCCAGCGUGUCCCAGUGCGCUACCGGCAAGAAUGAAGUGACGCUGGAGUUCCACCAGAACGACGAUGCCGAGGUGUCGCUCAUGGAGGUGCGCUUCUACGUACCCCCCAGCACCGGAGACGAGGGCACCGACCCCGUGGAGGCGUUUGCUCAGAACGUGCUGUCGAAGGCAGACGUGAUCCAGGCCACUGGAGACGCCGUGUGCAUCUUCAAAGAGCUGCAGUGCCUAACCCCCAGGGGCAGGUACGACAUCCGCAUCUAUCCCACCUUCCUGCAUCUUCAUGGUAAGACCUUCGACUACAAGAUCCCCUACACCACCGUGCUGCGCCUAUUCCUGCUGCCACACAAGGACCAGAGGCAGAUGUUCUUUGUGAUCAGCUUGGAUCCUCCUAUUAAGCAGGGACAAACCCGUUACCACUUCCUCAUCCUCCUCUUCUCCAAGGAGGAAGAUAUAUCCCUCACUCUCAACAUGAGCGAAGAGGAUGUGGAGAAGCGCUUCGAGGGGAAGCUCAGUAAGAACAUGUCUGGCUCUCUCUACGAGAUGGUCAGCAGAGUGAUGAAGGCCCUGGUCAACAGGAAGAUCACUGUCCCCGGCAACUUCCGAGGCCACUCCGGCGCCCAGUGCAUCACCUGCUCGUACAAGGCCAGCUCGGGCCUGCUGUACCCGCUGGAGCGGGGCUUCAUCUACGUGCACAAGCCCCCCGUGCACCUGCGCUUCGAGGAGAUCUCCUGCGUCAACUUCGCCCGCGGCACCACCACCACCCGCUCCUUCGACUUCGAGAUCGAGACCAAGCAGGGCUCGCAGUACACCUUCAGCAGUAUCGAGAGAGAGGAGUACGGAAAGCUCUUUGACUUUGUCAACGCCAAGAAACUCAACAUCAAGAACAGAGGCUUCAAAGAGGGCAUGAAGGGUAACGACAACAUGUACAGCGACUCGGACGAAGACCAGCACGACGCUUACCUGGAGCGCAUGAAGCAGGAAGGAAAGAUCCGCGAGGAAGGCAACGACAGCGACGACUCCGAGGGGGGCAGCGAUGAGUCGUUCAACCCUGGAGAGGAGGAGGACGACAUCGCAGAGGAGUACGACAGCAACGCCUCGGCCAGCGACAGCAGUGCGGACGAAGGAGACGACAGCGACGAAGGCGCCAAGAAGAAGCCGGCGAAGAAAGCCAAAGUGGUGCCCGAGAAGAAGCCGCGCAAGAAAGAAAAGAAGACGAAGGACGCGGGCGCCCCCAAGAGGCCGAUGAGCGCCUACAUGCUGUGGCUGAACUCCAGCCGGGAGCGGAUCAAGGCCGACUAUCCCGGCAUCUCGGUCACCGAGAUCUCCAAGAAGGCCGGAGAGCUUUGGAAGCAGCUGGGCAAGGACAAGAAGGAGGAAUGGGAGUCCAAGGCUGAGGAGGCGAAGAGGCAGUAUGAGGUGGCGAUGAAGGAGUACAGAGAGAGCGGAGGGGGCUCCUCUACCACGGCCAAAAAAGAGCCCAAGAAGAAGGCGGGGAAGAGCAGUCCUAAGAAGAAGCCUUCUGCCAGCCGCGAGAAGGAGAGGGAUCGGGCCGGAGGCAACGAAAGCUUUAAGAGCCGAGAGUUCAUCUCCGACUCGGAGAGCUCGUCCGAUUCGGACCGGGCCACCAAGAGCAAGAGCAAGAGCAAGAGCAAAAGCAAGAGCAAGCACAAGGGUUCAGACGAGGAUGAGGAGGAGGAGGAGGUGAUCAGCACGCCCCCCAGUUCUGAAGAGUCGGGGUCAGACUGAGAGUUUUGGGGGACUCCUUGAUGCGGUAGAGCUUGUUAGCCACCAUCCUACUAACAGACGCACACAGACAUACUCAGUAACUGUGACUCGGAGUGGGAAUGAGCCUCUCUCUCCCUCAGUCUCUGUCUCUCAAACACACACAUACACGUGUACACACACACAUACACGCUGUACACUGACAGACUUGGCAUUGUGUAAAUACUGGUUCAGCACAACAGACUCAGGCUCCGUCUCUCAUCUGAGAGUUUGCUUUAUGCCACAUCUUUUCUUUCCUCUUACCAGUACAUCAGGGAGCUGUGGUUGAAUUUUUAUGGAACAACCAACUUACCUCUCCAUUCCAAACAUGGUUAUUAAAGAACAGAGGGACAAAAUACUGUUACCAUUCACUGAUUUUGGUAUUGUGGAAUUUGAAUUAAUUUGAAGUAAAAAGACACAUGGACUACAUUUCUAUAUCUUAUAUUUGUAAAGGUGAGGUAUGGGUUUAGAGAUUUAGCACUGUGGGACUUGUAGACUGAGAGAUUUAAAAUUAUGCUGUGUGUAGAGAAUUUGGAACUACAAUCCACAUAAAAUUUUCAGUACCUAUUUUUC